GCAUCUUCGCGGCGCCCGAGAACCGCGGGGUUGUAUAUAAGAGUCGGGUAAGGUCGGGGCGCGCCACAAGUCGAGUAGCACUCUCAGUUGACAACUUUGUGUUAAAGUGUGUGUAUUCGAUACGAUGACGUCGAUGAAAUGUUUAUUGGUAGCGGUUGCGUUGGUGUGCGUAAGUGUACGACAUGCGUCGUCUGCGCCCGCGCCGCAAGCAGAAGAGCAAUAUCCUCCGAUGCCAUACGAAUAUAAAUACGACGUUGAAGACCCAGAAAAGGAACUGUACUUCGGAGCCAACGAAUCUGGCGACGCACAGGGCAAGGUAAUUGGAGGAUACCGAGUAUUACUUCCCGAUGGCCGACUCAUGGUGGUAGAAUACACAGUCGAAGGCGACAGUGGAUUCGUACCGAAAAUCAGUUUUCAAGAAAACGCGAGCCCCUUUAAAGGAAAGUAACCAGUAGACCCAAUAUAGCGACGACGUAAUCCUCACGAUUCUAUCGUUGAGAUACAAUAUCCAAAUGAUUUACUUUAUUUUUGUAUAUUGCCAUUAACGUUAAACAGCAAAUAAGUUAGUCAUUUUUAAUAAUAAACCGAUUGAACGUUGUAAAAAUGUAGUCCAAAUAAUGUUUCUUAGAAUGGACUUGUUAAAGUUGUAACGUAAUUAUACCGAUAAUGAGGGCAUAUUUGUGUUCAAUGGUUAUACGCAAAAUUUCUUUUCGAGUUUAGUUUUAUGUAAUGCCAGUACAAGUACAUUUAGAAAUACUUUAAGACGACAUGUUUGCGUUCGAGAUUGGACUAUUAAAAUGGAAUCCAAAAUCUUUUAGAUAAUAGUUAUUCAAAAUGUUACCAAACCUGUGAUGACGUAAUCGAAAGUUCGGAAUAUUCGAAAGUUAUAUUAUUUUUAUAGCAUGGCGCUACAUUGUGAUAGUAUCUAAACGUUUAGAUUAAGUUCAUAUCACUAUCUGUAAAUUUAAGCAAUAAAUAUUUUGUACGAUUUAAAA